AUGCCACCGCCUCCAAGCACCCCGGAAGGCGCCCCCCUCGCCGACUACUUCUGGAUAGCCGGUGUCGAUGGUGCAGAGAUCCUGGACACCUUUCAGAGAUUGGGAGAAGAUUACCGUGCCAAUGGCACCGCAUCACCAGGCCCUGCGCUCGCAGACACCAUUCAGGAGGACGCCGAUGCGGAGGAGGAACACAACCCGGAUGGGUUCACCCGACCAAACUCGACGCUCUUCACCGGUGUCAGUCACAGGGGCUCUUCUCAACGACUAUCAACACUGUCGAAGAACUCAGAGGGAGCAAAUGGGGCUGGCAGUAACAGUAACCGAAGCAGCAUGACCGUCAAGGGUGGCUCGUCGCCCCUGCGUGCCCCGAAUCUGUUCUCUGAGGACUUCGAUUUCGACUCCGCGCUGUACAAGUUCGCCAAUGAGCGGGAAUCUUUUCUGACCGAUUUGAGCUUGAGCGCUGGCGCCAUUACCCCGAAUACCCGCCCGCGAUCCAGGGUUCGCACGCAGAAGAUCGUCUCCGAGGAUUCGCCCUCGGCUGGCGGUAACUUGCUGAGGUCGGGUAUUGGGAGCGUGCGACGAUCCUUUCGGGAUAUGAAUAGUAUGAAGCGGCAGCCGUCGAUUGCUCGUCAGGGUGAGAGCCCCCCUUCAACCCUAUCUCCAGGGUCGUGGCCGGGACUUUCUGUGGACACACUAGCUAACAAUGGAUCGUCUUCAGCUUCGGUGCGAACUUCUCGGCGACUCAGCAACUACAACUCGGUAAUUCCUGUCCCGCAACCCCUCGAGAUAUCCCCCACAAUGCACCCGUUGAAACGACGAUUCGAGCCCGUUCUCCUCGACCGAUACCCCACACGCGGCAUGCCGGACGAGAUGAAGCUGCGCGGCAAUUUCCCCGACUACGUUCCUAUGUUCGCUUUUCCGAAUGAUGUCAACAUCGUCUCCUCCGAUCAGCGACCGCGCUCUACCUGGCACGGAUUCGCUAUGACAACAGACAAUGGCUCCAGGCUGCACGCCAUCUGUGUGCUUGUCUGGAUACCCCUCAACCCAAAUGCUGCAGAGGAGCUCGAGAAGCGCUGCGAGGAAUGGCGGAGGGACAACAUGACAGACGAAGAGCGUGAGCUGGCUGCGAGCUUGGGCGAACGAUUGGCAUCAGAGCGGGCCAAAUUAUCCAGGCUCCUAGCUCAGCUGCCGACUGUUCAGUCAGGGUCAGAAUCCCGCGAACAGCUCGAAGAUGAUAUCAGCGCCGUGGAGGAGAAAAUCGGGCUAAUGACCGAUCUUCUUCGUCCGGUCCGGCACGGCGCAGCCUCCAAGAUCGAGGGUCUGACCGAUGGUGAUACUGGAUUCUGGAUUCCCCGUGCGUACGGUAUCCUGGGCCGAGAGAGCACAAUGACGAGCUUCUGGAAGGAAUGGCUCAAGGCUGUCGUGGUGCCAAUGACGGAAAGCAGUGUACAGCACGUGCCUCCACCCUCACCGCGCAUGGGUGUAUGGCAGCCGCUAGAGCGAUAUGUGAUGAAUCUCUGCACAGAAGCGUUCUGUCCAAUAUCUUCGAAGACUCAGGUCGAGAUUGCGAUUCGUGAGCUGCGGUUGUUCGCACGCAAAGAUGCACCCAAUGAGAUCCCAGGUUCCCGGAAUACCGAUCUCUAUGCCUUGUUCCGAACUUUGUCGGUUCCAAAUAUUAUCAUUCUCUUUGAGUACGCUCUUACUGAAUCCCGUAUCAUCUUCUUGUCUUCCCACACCUCCAUGCUCUAUCUCGCGACCAGAGCGUUGGUCGAUCUUUUGUUCCCGCUGGAAUGGACAGGCGUUCUCAUUCCCGUCCUUCCCGCACGCUUAAUCCAGGCUCUCGAGGCCCCUUGCCCAUACAUCGUGGGUAUCGAGCGUCGGUAUGAGAAGGUGGAGCUGCCUACGGACGACUUUGUCCUGGUUGAUUUGGACAACAAUAUGAUCGAAAGCACCAUUCAACCGACUUCACUUCCUCGUCAUCAGCGCAGGAAGCUCCUCUCUUUGUUGCAACUAGCUGCCCCUCAGCACGGUCGAUGCCACGUCCCUACCGGGCCUCCUGCAUAUGCAAUCGAGACAUACCCAUGGGACUCGUUCAUGUCAGAGAGCAAGGCCACUUUCACAUCCAAAGCGCCCGCAACCAACCUCGCGAAAUAUGUCGGUCUGAACUCCAGUGCAUUCGGUGCAUCGGCCGUGACGCCAGGCUCUUAUACACCUCCCAUCUUUAACGUCUUCCUCCACGCCCGAGCCGAGGGCGGCCCCUCUCGUGGAUACUCAUCUCGCGGUACUGAGCGCCCAGGGACCAGCUCCACUCUGAGAGUAAGUGCCUCCCCGCCAUCCCCGAGAGAGAAUUCGCCUACCUCUGGCUUCUUCCCUCCUCCAACUUCCUCUUCGCGCAAUGAUUCCGGUAUGGCAUUGCAAGCUUCAUUGCGCGAGAAGCGUUCCGGCCAUUUCGAUGCCGCCUCGCGCCGAAGCUCGUCGUUUGGAAUGGGUCGACGUCCAAGUGCCCCGUUCCUGGGUCAUGCUUCAAAUCUCUCAUUGAGCACUCUCAAUACUGACUACGGUGCCGGAUCCACAUAUGCGCCAUCUGUGUACGCGCAAUCUACCAUCGCUGCAUCCACGAUUGUCCCUCAGUCCACAUACCAACCCGUUGGCAAUAACGAGGGCACUUGCUGGGCUGAAGGUCACUAUUUCCAAGUCCAACCCUGGGAUGACAAGUUGACAUGUGCUAUCUGUGAUGAACUGGCCGAGGAAAAUAUGUACAAGUGCUCUGCAUGCAGACUGACAGUCCACAACCGCUGCGCAUCCAUGGUGUGUCUGCCGUGUGAUGCUGCCUUCCAUCCGGAUCAGAUUCGUGCGGCGUUUGUCAGAUGCUUUGCCAGCUUGUUCUACACGUAUAAGAAGUUCCUGGUGCCUGCCAGUGGCGAUAAGAAGAAGUCCGGUAUGUUUUACAAUUUUAACAUGGACGCUUUCAUGAAGAGCCUUCCAAGUGAGCACGCCGAGUAUAUCGCAAUUCUACAGCAGACACAAGGAUUCAAUGAGUUCAUCAGUGACCGUGAGCGAACAAACCCGAAAACCAAGGAUCCGCGCAUGACCCUGUUCGACGAGAUUGUUCUUUCGAAGCGUAACCGCGGCCGCACAUCCAUCUUCUCCGGCCGUUCCACAACAGACUUCCUCUCUGACACCUCGAACCAUAUAUGGCGUACAGCCAACGCUACCUUCUUCCCCCCAAGCAGCCGCAGCCAGCAGAAUAUUUCAUCCGACUACGGUAGAGGAGUUCGCACAAGAGCACCGGCAAAUCUAGAUCCUAGCCUGAUGACAGAACCCCGCAUGAUCCACGGUGCGCCACGGGUUUCCAAGACGGCAAAUACUGCUCGUAGAAAGCCGUUGCCUAAACUGAUGAACGGGCUCGCCGUCUCUCCGCCCAGUUAA